GGAGAUCUUCAAAAUCCAAAAGCUAUUUCAGAUUUUGAAAUUACAAAUGAUUGAAAACCACCAUGGCACGUUAAACCUAUGUAACAAACCUGCACAAUCUACACAUGUACCCCAGAACUUAAGAGUACAAUAAAUAUAGAAAAAGAAACUACAAAUGAAAAUGCUGUUGAAGCGUUGUACCAGUUUAAAUAGCUGGGAAACAAAAUAUCAAUCUCUAUAAUCCAUCUAGACAAAAGCACUUACUUUUUAAAAGAGGAAGAUGUUUUGGGGACCAAAAGAGAGAAAACCUCUGUGAAAGAUCCCCAGCCAUGAUUGGCCCUGCUUUGCUCUGAGCUCAUGAAAAGCCUUUGUGAUGUCAUAACAGACAGGCCUAUAUAAGGCCCUGGCUGGGUCAUGGUUUUUGGUCUGAGAAAUCCCUGGAAGCUUUUUUGGUGACCUGUGGACUCAGACCAGCUUAGCGAUUACGAGUUGUUUGGCGGGGUGGGGGGAGUUUUUGUGGGAGGGGCGUUGUUGUGUUUUUUAGUUAGUAUAGUUAAUAUAGUUGGUACUGUUUCUUAGCAUUUUAGUGUUCUUUGGGAUAGUUAGUAUUGUUAAUAUUUUAGCGUAGUCCAUAGAGUUAGAGUAGUUAUUUGUAUAUAGUUAGUGUAGACAAAGUAGGCACCAUGAGGCAGGGCUUGGCCUCCACCUCACCUGCCCUGCGGCCACCUUAUUAUCAAAUACUAAACUUUAUAGGCCGUGGUGCCUUUGGGGAGGUCACGCUGGCCCGCCACUUAAUGACUGGCAUCCGGGUGGCGGUGAAAACAAUCAACAGAACCAGCUUCCUCUCUAGCCACAGAGAGAUGACUGUUUUACAGUCGGUCCGCCACGGCAACAUCAUUAACCUUUACCAAAUGAUUAACAGCAGAGAGGCGUGCCAUUUCGUUAUGGAGUAUGCCGCAGGAGGAAGCCUGGCCAACUGGCUUGACCACCACAUAGUGGAGGAGGAGGAGGCCCGAGGCAAGUUCCAACAAAUGCUGUCCGCCGUGAGCUACCUCCACCGCCGAAGCAUCGCUCACCGAGAUCUUAAACCUGACAACAUGCUGUUAGAUGGCAAAGGGAACAUAAAAAUUACAGAUUUUGGAUCAGCCAUAACUUUUUAUGAGGGGCAGAGGCUGAGAGCAGGUCAUGGGACCCUCCCCUACAUGGCCCCAGAACUCUUUGGGGCCCAGGGCUAUGAAUGUCCCGCCAUGGACAUAUGGAGCCUAGGCGUCACGUUAUACCAGAUGGUGUCCAACAGUCUGCCCUUCUUCGCAGUGAGUCGUUUCCAACUGAUAUCCCUCAUUCUAUCUGGCCAGUAUGUUAUUCGGCACUAUUUCUCAGAAGGCCUAAAAAGCCUAAUUAAAAACCUUUUAAUAUCUAAUCCCAAUGAGCGGCCGACAGCAGACAAAGUCUUGAGGGACCCGUGGGUGAACAACGGCCAGGACUUGCCUCCAGCGACGUAUGAAGAGCCGAUUGAAGACCACCCGAACUGUGAGACCAUAAGGCUCUUGGUGGCCAUGGGAUUGAAGCCAGAAAACAUCGUAAAGGCAAUUGAAGACCAUGUCUUUAAUUAUCCCAUGGCCACCUACCGUAUUGUAGAUGGAGAAAAAAAGCCAUCCAUUACCACUCCACAGUCUCUUGCUCCUGGGGAUCCUACAUGUUUAGUCACUGAGAUUUCCAGUUCACCUGCCGGCCUUCACAGGAAGUCAGACCCCCAGCAUGCCCCCACGGCCUCCCUGACCAUCGAGCGCAAUUGUGGAGAUGUAGAAAACUUGGCACGGCAAACCCUCCAGUGUGACCGUGUGGCCUCCUCCACUGUAAGCGCCAUAGGCGGUGGUGGUGCUUUAGAAACCUUGGCAGAGCAAGUCCCCCAGCGUGACCUCGUGUCUGCAGCCUCCAGCAAGUGCUCCACCGGCAGUGAAAAUUUAGAAACUUUGGCUCAACCAGCCCUCCCGCAUAACAUGGCCGCCUCCACUCAGAUCACCACCCAGAGCACCGUGGCUCAACAACCAGGACACGAAGGCAGCAUCCUCCAAGCUGGGCAGCCCGAGGCUGUGUUGGCCCGGCCAAGAAGAGGCUGGAGCUGCCGCAGGGCUGCCCGAAGGUGCAUUGCCAUAAUAAGGAGAUUCUGUUGCUGCCUCUGUCCACCCAAGAGGCAGAGUAAGAGGGCCCACCCAAGAGAAAAAAUUGGAGAGGACGAAGGCCCGAAACCUGAGAUGCCCAGGAGCAACGUUGGAGCCUGCAGCACUUUAUAUAAAAAAAUAUAAAAAUAAAUGUAUCAUUCUGAUAAAUGAC